AUGAUGAAAAAGGAGUGUGCAGCAAGUUCUCUUGAAGGCCGUGCGCGUACCUCCUGCCCAUCCUCUUGUCAUAAGUGCGGCCCGGUGGCCUGGAAAUGGAAACCGAUCAAGAAGCUCCUGGUGCACAUGGAUGAAGAAGUGAGUUUCAGCCAUAUACCACCUGCACGUAGCCGGAAUAGUGCUAAGAUACUAAUUUUAGACCGUGGACGGGCCAGCGAUCCUCGAGGAGAUGAGCGGCGGGCUUCUCCCUUGGAAAAAGCGUUGAGACUCCCCGGAGGAUCUCGAUGCGCGACAGCAAAGUCGCGGGUUUUAGAUCGUAAACGGCUCAUGCGAGGAUCAGAAGGCAGACAGCUGAAGAGCGGGGGUUGCGACUUUGGUGAACUGUUCUGCCGAUGGGGGUCUAUCUUAAUGGAACUAAGAAGCACAACUAGCAAUAAGCCGGAUACUCAUCCGGUUUGUUCUUCUUCGCCUUCACUACGCCGGGAUUGGUCGUUUAAGCUCAGCACGCAGCGCUCCAAAUGGAACGAGCAUGCUCAAGCACAUGCUUCAACGUCCGAGCUUAGUCGCAAAUUUGAAGGUUUGCGGAAGUUUUGGUGCAAAUCUGCUGAAAACGACGAACCACGACUACAGACCACGUCUCCGAAUUACGACUACGAAUCAAUGACGGCGCACGACCUUGGAGUUGCACGCGGGCGACCGUUGUCCAUAUCUGGUGAGUCUCCCAACAGAAAAAUGCGAAAGUUGGGUAUUCCUGAUUCGGAGAAGCUGUGCUCCACAUCGGGAAUAGCAACCGAAGCGCCUCUUUCUGCUGGAAUUUUUUCUCGCAUAAAGAAACCCGCACAGACGAAUCCGAGGCGCCAGGGCAGCUUUAUGAUCCAUGGAAAUGCAGGUCGAGUUCUACUCUCUUCUUCGCGGCGUGGAGUUAUGCAGAACGUUGUGAGCUGCAGUACUCGAUCAUUACGGCGUCGGCAAUAUCUCAGUUUCAAUCAUCUCAAAAGACCCGGAGUGGCAGCUUCGCGUACUGUAGUUUUGAAGUCGAGUCCAGGGAGCGAAGUCUCGAUGAAGUUUUGCGGAAAGUCUGGCCACCUCGAGCAAAUACCGACUUGGGACAGCCGACGGGGAGAGAACGCCGGUGCUAUUGUUACGACAUUACAGGUUGUGGAGCAUCAGCAAGGGCAAACUCCGCCGCACUUGUCGCAGGUUGCGGGGGACGAUAGCAAAUGGUUAGAACAGCUUCGUCGGCGUCAUGACUCCGGUGCCUUUGGUUUCGCUGCGUUACCUGGAGACGCAAGGCAGAGUGGGGAAGUCGCAAGAGCGUUAGCGUUCUGGUCUGGCUUGCAGCAGUAUAAUCUACACUGUCACGAGCACAACGCCGCGUGGGGGCAUGAAGAUGAAGCUGCAGCACAUGCAGACUCGCGUAGUGGCGGUUUCACAGUCAUGAGAGCGAGUGCGGUUGGGCGUACAUGUAAGGCCGCAAAGCAGUACCGAGAAAAACCCAAACCGGUGCGGGGCGACGACUCCAACAGAAGGAAAAGGCGCGGAAAGUUCGGGUCUCGGGAAUUAGGGGGGUUCAUGAGUUCGACGUUUUCGGUGGAGGAGCCUGUGAGCCACAACCCCAGCACUGCAAAAAAUGAAGGGCAGCCAGCAGGAAACCACGAGGGAGAUGAGGACAGCCCGCAGGAUGAUGGCCCGCCGCCACAAAUCUGGGACCCGUUUCAACAUGUGCCGAAGCGCCAAAUACUUCCGCCGCUGGUCGGGCAUAUGAGCUACUCGGUGGGGUGUAUCAACAUGCGAUCUGGAAACCCGGAGGGGGCGUCUUUCACCUGGGCCAUGGAAGUGGCACGAUGGCGAAAGUGGGACGCGGUGUGCUUGAACGAGUUCAAUUACACGAAGUCACUACUUCUUGACGACGACACAGUAUUCAGUAAGGAAGGCAGCAUAGCACAAAGCCCGGCAAUUUUUAACCAAGAGAACAGCGACAGCGACGGACACGAGACGGAUGGCAGUUUUGAAGACAACUACGAGGCCCCGCAGACCUUGAGCACCAUCAAACCGACUUGGGUGAAGCGCAAAAAGUAUGAUUUGGCUUAUACAAAUGGCGUAGGCAUUGCGAUUAUUCAUCCGCAGCUGCGGGAACAGUUACGGAUCGCGAUGAAAAAUCCGGCGGAGCAUAUUCGGGCCCGGCCCCGGAUCCUGUCGAUUCACCUGGCGGAGAUGAUACUGACUUCCAUCUAUGCCCCCACAAGUGCAACCGCGAAAAACCAGCGGGAACGCUUUGACAUGGACUUUUUGCGGCAUUUCAUGGAGAUGGGCAGACGCAAGCGCCAAAAGUGGAAGACGCAAAUUACGUGUGGCGACCUCAAUGCACAGAUCGGGGCGGAGCGCUUUGCGAAUUCGAGCAUUCACGGCGGCAAAGGGUUGCAGCACACAAACCCAAGGGGCAAAGAGUUGGCCAACAAGUUGCUAGCACUCAACACCGUGCUCGCCGGUACGCACUUCGACGCAGGUCCCGGAGAGUCGUCCGCCACGAGAGAGGGCAACGAGCUGGGCCACUUCUUAACCAAUGGCCGCUUCUUAUCAAAGUUCAGAAGCUACCGCAGAUUCGAUCCGAAUGGACUGACGCAGACCGGAGAGCUAGCGGCACCAAAACGUCUGGACCAUAAGGCGCUGGAAGUGCAGGUAGAUGUGAAAGGGCAUGCACAGAUGCGGCGCGAAGGACUUCAGCGGCAGGCAAAUUCCAAGGAGUUUACGCUGGAGCCCGAUCCGAAAACCGUAGCAAAGUUCAACUUCGAACUGCAGGCAGAAAUCGAGCAAAAUCCGGCGGCGUUUGGAAUGGAGGAGUUUCAGAGUUUCCUCGUGAAGCGCGCGCCCUGGUUCCUGGUCAAGAAACAGAAAAAGGGGCCAGCAGCAGCAGAUCCGGACUCUUUAGUGGAAAACGCGAAGACCCGGGCGGAAUUUUGGGAGCAUUGUCGAGAUGGAUCCGCCUUCAGUAGUCUAAUGAGCAUGAAAAAAGCCAGGGAUCUUCCGAGGGGUUGGCAACCGCAACGCAAGUGGUUCUAUACAUAG